CGCCGCAGCGUGCUGACGCGCGGGCUCGAUCCGAGGCCCGAUUCCGCGCCCGCCAUGGCCGACAAAAUGGAUAUGUCUUUGGACGACAUCAUUAAGCUGAACCGGAGCCAGCGAGGCGGCCGCGGCGGCGGCCGGGGUCGCGGCAGGGCCGGUUCCCAGGGCGGCCGCGGCGGUGCGGUGCAGGCCGCCGCGCGGGUGAAUCGAGGCGGCGGGCCUAUGAGGAACCGGCCCGCCAUCUCUCGCGGCGCCGCAGGCGGCGGCGGCAGGAACCGGCCGGCACCCUACAGCAGGCCGAAACAGCUUCCAGACAAAUGGCAGCACGACCUCUUCGACAGCGGCUUCGGGGGUGGAGCCGGCGUGGAGACGGGUGGGAAGCUGCUGGUGUCAAACCUUGACUUCGGAGUGUCAGACGCUGAUAUUCAGGAACUCUUUGCGGAGUUUGGAACGUUGAAGAAAGCAGCUGUGCACUACGAUCGCUCUGGACGAAGUUUAGGGACAGCAGAUGUGCACUUUGAACGGAAGGCAGAUGCCCUGAAGGCUAUGAAACAGUACAAUGGUGUCCCUUUGGAUGGCCGUCCCAUGAACAUCCAGCUCGUCACAUCACAAAUUGAUACGCAAAGAAGACCUCCACAGAGCAUAAACAGAGGUGGCAUGACAAGAAACCGUGGCUCUGGGAGUUUCGGUGGUGGUGGUACCCGGAGAGGGACCCGCGGAGGCAGCCGGGGAAGAGGUAGAGGUACCGGCAGGAACUCAAAGCAGCAACUUUCUGCAGAGGAGCUGGAUGCACAGCUGGAUGCUUAUAAUGCAAGGAUGGACACCAGUUAAACAGCCGAGCAAAUCCACACAAGGAACAGGACUCAGAAGCCUCGUCGUGAUCCCUAGAGGGAGGGUUGGCAACUGGACUGUGCAGACAAUGGUGGAUUUGUUUUCUGUUUCUUUUUUUUUUUCCUCCUGUUUUAAAAUAGGAUCUAAAAACUCAUGUAAAGGCUUUUCUUUUCUUUUUUUUUUUUAAUUCUGAAACAGACCUGUUUUGUACCGAGUUAUUUUUGGGAUAAAUUUUACUGGUUGCUGUUGUGGAGAAGGUGACAUUUUCACCUUUGCCAUAAUAAAAUAGAAUUGUGUGUAGAACUGGA